UAGAUCACAUGAGUAACAAGUGAAGGCGUAACCAACCCAGAUACAUUUCAUGGGCAUAGCCGGGAGUUGAGGAAGAAGUUUUUUUUAUUAAACUUUGAACAACGGGGAAGUAUAGUGUUAAUAAUGAAGUUCUGUGGACCGAAGCUGUCACUCUGCGGACUUAUUAUAAGCGUGUGGGGUAUCAUACAACUUGUACUUAUGGGUAUAUUUUAUUAUGUACGGAGUGUGGCAUUGGCAGAUGAUCUUCCUGGUGUGGAAAAGGAAUUUGAGAAUCUUAGCGAGUUCUAUGCUGCUGCUGAUGCAGGGUACUUGCAGAAUGCCUACAACUGUUGGAUUGCAGCAUGCCUCUACAUUUUCACACUUCUAAUAUCAGGACAUCAGUUUUAUGUUAAUAGUCGCUCAUCUUUAAGUAUGUGAGACACUGAACAAGUAAAUGGAAAAAAUUAUCAAAUUUCUUCCAUUUUCUUGGUCCAAUCACCUGAAAGAAAUAUGUAGCCUCACAUUUUAAAUUUUGAAAUCCAGGUGAACCACACAAGUAUUUCUGUAAAAGUAAGUUUGGUAUAAGUAAUGCAUACUUAGUGAAGUUUCAUAAUUUAUUCGUUUUGAGUAACAAUGCUCAAUUAUCUUUUAAAACUAAGGUGGUAACAGGCAUUACAGUUUUUUUCAUUUUGAAUAUAUCAGUAUUAGCCAUGGUGUAAUUGUUUCCCAAAUGCUUACAAGAAGUCGUAUCUAAAUAGGUUAAUGAUGCUAGUGAGGUUUUGUUUUUCAAAGGUUGAAAGUUUCAAAGAUUUCAUUGUAAAUGUGUAUCAUAGAUAAUUAAUAUAGCGGUAAAAUAAUCUUAAGUUUAUAUGAAAAUUGUGUGUUGAUACUGUACGUAAUAGGACAGUUGCAUUUGCUGUAAAAGUAUAUACUUCACUAUUUUCUUUCUCUCUCUCUUUAUUUUUUUACAAAGAGUUUUCACUACAAACUGUUGAUAAUUUUGCAGUUGAAAACAAAAUGCACAAUUCAGUGGAUAUAGGGCAUUUUAUGAUUAUUAGUAUUUCAGUAUUGAAAAUGUGCAGAAUUAAUUAUUUCCACUGUUGCAUUUUUAUGUAGAUAGAAAUACUGUUUUAGUUCUGUGUGAUAGUUUAAUUUUAUAACUAGAACACUCUACUCUGUGUAUUUAUAAGAUUUGCUGCUGAAUAAUUACAUUCCUGUAUUUGAAAGAUGAGAGAACUUUAUCUUAAGGAUGCUGGUAACUUUUUACAACCAGACAACAGGAAAUUGUCAUUUUUCUCACAACCAUGAUGUAAAUACUUCCUUGUGUAAAUAAAGCUUUGUUUGUGAAACAGUCACUCCAGAAUUGUUCGAGGUGCCAUAUAACUUAUUAUAAAAUUGUUAAGCUUGUAAACCAUUUAGGAUAUGGACUUAGUUUCCCAUUUAUCUCAUUUAUACUGCAACAAUUACAUUUAUAACUAAUCAGUUCUUUAGCACACUAGCUGUGUAAUCAACCCUGCCCUUACAUUAAGGAAUUAAUAGUAUUCCUUUUAAUCAUGUUAAAAAUUAAACAUGUUAUAGCAGGUCCCAAUAGUUCUGCAAGAGAGAUCAUUGCCUAAUUGAGUUGUGAACAAGUGUCAUAUGACUUUAUUAAUGGAGAUUAUACUACAUAACUUUUGAUUAUGUUACUUCAUUACGUACACAAGAUAUUGCUCUCAAUAAAUGUAUUGUAUUCAACAAAGUACAGAAUGUAGUAUUAAAACCAGAACUUAAUUUUGAA